AUGGCAAACCCCUCAACGCAAGCCAUUAAUAGGUACUGGAUAACUCCGUCCAACAGCCCUAUGGACGGUGGAGGUGUAAGCCUUGAGGAUCCUAAACAGGAAAAGAUUGUGGUGUCAUCUCCAGUAAACAUCCAAUUCUAUUUAGAUUAUCCUUUGUGUUCGAACCUAUCCGUGUGGAAGGUCGACAACCUUAAUUCAAAACUUCCACACACCAUAAGCACAGGUGCAAAGUUGGGAAAUCCCAACGAUGUGAGCAGUUGGUUCCAAAUUAUGCCUAUAGGUGGUGAUAGAAAGUAUAAGCUAGUGUUCUGUACCUCUGAAGAAAUUUGCCAAGACAUUGGCGUCGUCCUACAAGGUGGAUAUCAACGUCCCAAAGCCCUUUGUGUUCAAACUGGAUGA